CCCCUAGGCAUUUACAUAGACAUGGUUUAGGGUUUAUGAAGUAAUCCCAGAACAUACCAUCUCUAUCCCCUUCUCCAUAAAAAAAUAUCAGGAACCCUAAACCCUAAAAAAAUAUGCAUUGAAAGUUUACGAAGGAAGUGGCACUUGACAAAUGAGCUCCACCGGCGAAGAUCACUGUACUUCCGAAUAUUACGAUAAUAUCUCCUCCAGGGUUCGGCCGAACGCACCGGCUACCACCCCUUCCUCCUCCCGCGGUACAGGAGCGGCUGGAGCUAUCUGGCAAGCAAACAACGGCAUCGCGACGUACGAAGAGCUUCGAAACUCCCGAUUUAGGUUAAAUACUACUUAAAUCCUGCCACGAAACUGCCCCUUAACCACACGGGACCAGCGGUGUGUGGAGUAAUACGUUGAAUCCGCCGCCGAACUACGAUUUGCAGUGAAAUUAAGGUCAAACGAAACGUAGGAAAAGCGUAGGUUUUAAUUUGUUCUGUAGACCAUCAUCCCCUUAGCGGCGAUGGGCGGCAAGGGCCGACGGCGGCGUGAGAAGAAUUACUUGGCUGCUCAUGGCGGAGACAAGCGCCUGCCACCUCCGCCUAAUGUAAAAGACCUCGAAGCCCUUCCCUCCAAACUUCGCAAGAUCAUAGAGCUCAAGAACUCUUCUGCGGCAAAAUAUGGUGAUGCGAAAAAUUCUGCCGAAAUUGGACAAGGGAAGAGAAAGGAUGAAUCAUUCGACAGAAAGUCACAGAAGCCCAAUCUAAAAGAAUUACGAUCAACGGCAGUCAAUGCCACCCAACCACGGAACGAUUUCAAUGAAAAAGCAAAAGGUAAUCUUGUUACAGACAGGGGAAGUGCGGAAGCUUCCUCGCCUAAUGCGAGUAAAAGAAAACGAAAGAGAUAUUCAGCAAAAGACCUUCGUUUUGAGGCUUUGGAUCAACUUGCAAAAGGUUCAAAGAGGAAAGAACGAAAGAAAGAAUAUCUUAAAGAGAGAAAAAAUAAACGCAAAAGAGUAAAAGAGGAUAAUGCACUAGACUUUCCUGGACGGGAAAAUAUCAGAUUUGGUGAAGUUGUUGUGGCUCCACUUAAGCUUUCAUUACCUAAGGUGUCAAAAGCUUCAACAAUGGAUGCUUCAAAAGAAAGGCUAAGGCUCCAAGCAGUUGAAUUAUACAGGAAGAGCAGAGGAUGGGAGUCUAGGCCUGGAAUCAAACUUUAGUUGUAGAAGCUAAUAAUUCAUGACUGGUAAAUGCUUUCCAUCUUUUUUUUGUCAAAUUUUUAAUGUAUUUUUUUUUUCAAAAUUAUAAUUUAAUUAUUAGAAGUAUCGAGUGACAUACUGAUCAUAGAGAGUGAAAAUGAGAUAAUGAGUGUAAUUUUAGUAUUUUGUU